GUAUUGACGCGAAUUCUAACCGAUCUGUACCAGGAACAGGAAGUUGACUCUCUCUUCCAGGCAAAGCAAUAGUGUCAAGUUUCUUUAACUACGCGAUAUAAUCACCACGGACAAAUAUUGGGCUGAAGCCAUGGCUUUGUUUGACAACUCUUUUGUGGUUUUGGAGCUGAAGAAUUUGCCUUACAAGGAGAAGAUGAAGCUGAAGCUGGCAAUAAUUGAAAAUGGAGGCAUAAUUUCCUAUGUGGUCAAUAAGCAGUGCACUCUGGUAGUGACGACCAGUGUGUCUUGUCUGAGCUCCAGCCGGGUGCGGAGUGUGGAGAAGUACCAGACGCCGGUAGUAGGAGUGGAGUAUGUGUCACGCUGCCUGGAGGAGGGAGUCCUGCUGCCUGUAGAAGAGUACUGCCUGGACCCCAUUCCCUCUCCUUUCAUUCCCAGGCCUUUCUCUCCUCAGUCUGUAUUGACGGUGACAAGCCACUCAGCUGCAGAACAGAGGUCUGAAGUUCAGACCCUAACUCAAGUCGAUCGGGCGGGGAAUCAGAAAAGAACAGGAACAUACCUGAACAAAUUCAGAGUAUACACUGAAAAUGACCAGGAUAUCCCGAUCUAUCCUGCUAAUUUUCACGUGGCCAAAUACUCAAUCUUUCAAAAGGCUAACUGCAACACAUGGUCAGUGGUGGAGCUUCAGAGUAGCAGAAGUGAGGCAGGACAGCAGCAGUACCGUGUGGUGAGGUACUGGAGAGAGGAACAUGCUGCUCAGUCAACAGCUGUGCAGGACAAACAGGUGUUCCCCUCCACCUCAGAGGAGGCUGUGGAGGUCUUCCAGUCUGUCUGCCAGGAGCUGCAGGUCAAAGGUCUCACGCAGUCGACGACCCUCCCACCAGGGGCUCUGGACCUGGGCUCUGCCAACCUGCACCAGCUUCUACUUGAGGAGAAGCUGAGCUGCAGCAGCGUCUCACAGGAAGUGGGCGUGUUUGUGGAGCUGCUGUGGGCAGAAGCCCUCGGUUGCCUAGACAACGUCCUCAAGGUUCCGAUCACCAGCCUCAGUCUCAAUGAUGUGAGCAGAGCUGAGGGGCUGCUGCUGCAGGUCCAGAAGAGCCUGAAGAGGAGACGUGGGGGGGAACCAGACACUGAGGUUGCCUCUUUGAUGGAGGAGAUCUACACACUCCUGCCACACAAAACUGAUCUGUCCCGCCCCCCUGUCCAAACUAAACUCAUCUCAUCACUGCUGGAUCUCUGUCAGUUAAUCACAGAUGUGCUGAAUGUGAGUGAGGCCAUGCUGAGAAGCCCCACCUCUUCCUGUCUGGGCAAGUACCGUGCCUUGAGAUGCAGCAUUGAAAGAGUUCCCCCUGGCCCUGAGUUUCUGUCAGUCACCAAAUUGCUACAGGACAGACCGGUGCAGAUCAUGCAGGUCCUGAAAGUGACCCGAGGGGUGGAGCUACAGAUGUUUAGGGAGGAGCUUGGGAAUGUUAAGCCCCUCCUGCACUCCUCCAGUCCCAGCAGCUUUGUUGGGAUCCUGUCUCGGGGUCUGUUGCUGCCCAGGGUUGGAGUGGAGCAUCAUGGGAUUGAGAGAACAGACAUUGGGAACUUGGGCGGGGGCAUCUACUUCAGUGAUGCAAUGAGUACUAGUUUGAAGUACUCUAAGCCCAGUGAGACUGAUGGGAGUCGGCUGCUCCUGGUGUGUGAUGUGGCGUUGGGGAGCUGUAAGGACCUCCAGAAGAGAGACAGCAGCCUGACUCAGGCCCCCGACGGGUACCACAGUGUACAUGGGGUCCGCCAGACCUCCAGCACAGCCUCCGAGUUUGAGGAUGAUGAAUAUGUGGUGUACAGCCAGGAGCAGGUGAGACUGCACUACGUGGUUCAGUUCAGACUGGAGGACGACCAACUCAAGGACUUCCUGCCCAACAUCGAUACUUCUUCUACUGAGCUGCCUCUCUCUGUCUCCUCCUCUGAUCUCUUGUCUGGUGGUGAGGAAGAGGAGGGUGUUGGGAGCUCUAAGAACCCUCUAGAGGAGGUGACUGCAGGCCUGUUGGACAGCUCUGGACAACCACUCCCUCUACAGGCCGUCCACGUCAGGGCUAGGCUAAUGGAUCUGCUCUCCCAGGUCAUCGUCUUCCAGACGUACACCAAUCAGAGCACCGUGCCAAUCGAAGCCAAAUAUGUCUUCCCGUUGGAUGACUCUGCGGCUGUAUGUGGCUUUGAAGCCUUCAUCAAUGGGAAACAUGUAGUGGGACAGGUGAAGGAGAAACAGCAGGCGCGUAAAGAAUAUAAACAGGCCAUCGAGAAAGGCCAUGGAGCCUACCUAAUGGACCAGGACGCCCCUGAUGUGUUCACCAUCAGUGUUGGGAACCUGCCGGCCGGUGCCACCGUCCUUAUCAAAGUCACUUACAUCACCGAGCUGGUCGUCACGGACGGCACGAUCAGCUUCUCGCUGCCGGGGAGUGUGGCGCCAUGGCAACAAAGUUCAGCACUCAACCAGAGGACUCAGGUGACCUUGGAGAAAGUGUGUGUAACCAACCUGGAUUCCCGGGGGGAGUUCAGUCUGGCCGUGUCAAUUGAGAUGCCCAAUGAGAUCAUCAACCUUCAUUGUGUCGGCCACAAAGUCAUGAUCAAGAGAACAGACUGCAAGGCAGUUGUGAAGACAUGUCCGGGUGAGUCUCUCGGUCCGGACGGGUUCCUGCUCUGCUUCGGUCUGGCUCAGAUCCACCUGCCCAGGAUGUGGGUGGAGAAACACCCAGACAAAGACAGCCAGGCCUGCAUGUUGGUUUUCUACCCAGAUUUUGAGCCCAGCUCCUCCUCUGGCUCCAGUGAGGUGAUUUUGCUGGUGGACUCAUCUGAGUCCAUGAGAGGAGAAGCUCUCAGGAAUGCCAGGAGAAUCGCCCUGCAGCUCCUUAAUAACUUGGAAAAACACAGUGUUCAAGUAAACACCAUCUUCUUUGGCACAGACCAAAAAGAGGCCUUUAUUUCUGCUCAACCUGUAGUCACGGCCCAACAGAUAACAAAGAAGUUCAUCAUGUCCUCCCUGCCUGUUGGAGGCAGCACUGAGCUAUGGAGGCCCCUGCGCAGCCUGAGUCUGCUGCCUCCGUCGCAGGGCGUGAGGAACUUGUUGCUGCUCUCGGACGGACAUGUCCAGAACCAGGCCCUGACCCUUCAGCUGGUCAGAGAACAUGCCCAGCACAGUCGCCUCUUCACCUGUGGCCUGAGCCCAACAGCCAAUCAGCACAUGUUGAGGGCCCUGGCCCAGGCAGGGGGAGGAACCUAUGAGUUCUUUGACACUAAGACGAUGCACACCUGGCGAGAAAAGGUGGCGAGUCAGGUGAAGCACAUGAUGUCUCCAGGCUGCAGCUCUGUAUCUGUGAAGUGGCAACAGUUUAACCCCAGAGCCCCUCCUCCGGUCCAGGCCCCUUCUCAACUCCACGCACUCUUCUCUGACCACCAAACCUUGGUCUACGGCUUCGUACCACACUGUACACAGGCCACUCUUCUUGGAGACGUUAAUGGGCAGGACAUUGAGACGAUGGUGUCCACUACUGAGCUUCAGAAGACCAGGGGCACGUUCCUUCAUAAGCUCACAGCGAGGGCUGUUAUCAGGGACUAUGAGGAUGGCUGUCUCCACAUCAACCAGGCAGAACAUGAGGGGAAGAAAGCAGAGCUAAAGUCCUUCAUCAUUGAGCUGAGCAAAGAGUUCUCCAUCCUGUCUCAGUUCACCAGUUUUGUGGCCAUCGAGGAGAGGGACUCAGAGCAGCCUGAUGUGGGCUUCACAGAUAUUCCCAAACUCAUCUCCGAUGAGGAUGUUGACUUUUUACCUUACCUCAGCUGGAAGGACGGUGUGCAUGAGGAGGGUGUGGAUGAGGAGGGUGUGGAUGAGGAGGGUGUGGAUGAGGAGGGUGUGCAUGAGGAGGGUGUGGUUGAGGAGGUGUACAAGGGGAUCUGUAAGUUUAAGGGGGGUGAGGAGGUGUUGGAUAUGCGUUCAUGCUAUUAUGCCUGUGAAGAGGAGGAGGACUAUGAGGAGUCGGGCACACGUGGAUUGAUGGAGUCCGUUGGUCCCUCCUUCGGAUCUUCAGAAGAACUGUGUGAUUACUCGCCCCCACGGGACUGUGACAUCACAACGAUGGAGGAUAGUUCUUCUUACUCUUCAGACAGUGACCCCCCCCCCACUGCUUCUCCUCAUCGUCAGCCCCAGUCGAUGCUUGGUGAUGCUUUUCCCUCUAGGCUUCAUCGUCAGUCCCAGUCGAUGCUUCGUGGAGCUUUUCUUUGUGCUUCUGGUCCUCCUUUUCCCUCUAGUCCUCAGCCCCAGUCCAUAAUUCUUGAUUCUUCUCCUCCUCGUGCUUCUAAACAUUGUAAAUCUCCUCGUCUACUUCUGGCUUCUGAUCCUCCUUCUCCCUUUAAGCUUGGUCAUCGGUCUUUCUUUGUUGCUCCUUCUCCUCCACCUCCUCCUCAGCCCAUUCCUCCAUCUAUUGAUUAUAAUAUCCUUUGUGAUGCUGUUCCUUUUUCCUCUAUGCCCUCUCGUCAGUCCCAGUCUGCCUCUGUGGCUGAUGUUCUUCCUCUUUCUUUUAUGCCCUCUCUUCAGUCCCAGUCUGCCUCUGUGGCUGAUGUUCUUCCUCUUUCUUUUAUGCCCUCUCUUCAGUCCCAGUCUGCCUCUGUGGCUGAUGUUCUUCCUCUUUCUUUUAUGCCCUCUCGUCAGUCCCAGUCUGCCUCUGUGGCUGAUGUUCUUCCUCCUCCGACCUCUGUCAACGGUUCUCUUUCUCUUCACCUGAUGGAACGUUACCGCAGUUCUGUACUUACAUUACCCUCACCUACUGCUGCCUGGUCAGAACCGCUGGGUAGGGCCAUGUCCCAACUCCCAGAGCCCAUUCAGUGUGACUUACCAAAGGCUAUGGGGCUGAACUACAGUCCGUCUCCGGUUCACCCUCUCCCUGAUCUCUCUGGGGAGGGUUUCCAGAGGAGCUGGACUAAUGACUAUUUCCGCGGCUCUGAAGCCAGUAACCCUUCAGUUCCACUUUUGGUGUCAUCUGGUAGUCCAUUUGGGUCUUUAGCAGGUACUGGACCAGCUGGUACUGGACCAGCUGGUGAUGGAGAGUGGCCUUCACCUCUAGUUGGCCGUACACUAAGGAAAAAGUCAAAAAUGGCAGCCAUGUCAUACAGACCACCUCAAGGCACCUUGUUUGGCUCCCGUUCAACCAGUUCUAUGACUACAGGCACCUUCUUUGGAUCUCCAGCUUUAACGAAGGCUGUAAUCUCAACCCAACUUCCAGAGGCUGCAUCUAAAUUCAGACAAUGGACUGGUGCUUUUCAUACUACUCUUUAUGUAGUGAAAUGGCCAGAAAUCUUUGCCCUCCAGCACUCAGAAGGGUACUGGGAGUGUUCUGCCAGCUUGGGUUCCCUCAUCGGUGUGGAUUUGGACUACUUUGCAAAUGUUGUCUUGAAGGAGAAAGGCAUCGGCUCUCUAGGGGUGAGGGCCCAUGCUGACAUCCUCAGGCUCGUGGCCAGCCUGCUGGUACUGCAGCUGAUGAGGGUGAGGGGGCACGAGGUGGGGAAGCUGCUCCUCAGCCUGUUCCGUGUGGACCUGGAUCACUCACCACCUCAGUCCAGGAAUGACCACUGGGAGGCAGUAAAGAGGGCUGUGGACUGGGUGCGUUGGGCAGACAGGGAGUAUCCGUGUGUGUGCAGCAGGAUGGAAUUUGGCUGGGACUGGGAGUCGUCCACACGCCAGCUCCUGGGCAUCGACCCCCCAAACCCCCUCAUCUCCUGGGGAGUGAAGGCCCAAUGAUAACCUCAAUGUCUGACUGUCAGAAAGUGGAAUGUGUAUGCCUUUUGUAAUUUCACAAGGUGGAAAUCUUACUUAAAAAUAGAGAUCAUAGCCUAUAUAAUGUGCUAUUAAACUGAAUAAAAAUCCAGUUAAACUUCA